AUGACGGUUCAUAAUCUGUACAUAUUUGACCGGAAUGGGAGCUGCUUGUUUUAUAAUGAAUGGAACCGGAAGAAGCAGGCGGGGAUCUCUAAGGAUGAGGAGUUCAAGCUGAUGUACGGGAUGCUGUUCUCCAUUAGGUCUUUCGUCAGCAAGAUGUCUCCUCAGGACAUGAAGGACGGCUUCCUGUCCUUCCAGACCAGUAAGUACCGCCUCCAUUACUACGAGACGGCCAGCGGCCUGAAGUUUGUCAUGAACACGGAUCUGUCAGUGAGCAACGCCAGGGAGACGCUGCAGCACAUCUACAGCAAUCUCUAUGUGGACCUGGUGGUGAAGAACCCGCUGGUUCCGUCCUGCCAGCCUCUGGACAGCGAGCUGUUCGGAACCAGACUGGACUCCUUCAUCCGCUCCCUGCCGUACUACAGCCCACGCGCCGCCUGACCGGUUCUGGUUCUGACCCGACUCCUGAACCGCUUCUCAUCCUGCCGUACUACAGCCCGCCUGACCGGUUCUGGUUCUGACCCGACUCCUGACCCACUUCUCUCUGUCCUUCAGAACCAGAAUCGCUCCAACGUCAGAACAGUCUGGAUCUGGACCAGAACACUGGAUGGAGCAGAACCGGGUCAGCAGAACCGGGUCGGGCUUGCUGUAUUUAUUGAGUUGUUCUGUGUUUAAUAAAGUGAAGUUGGACUGGU